AUUCGUGGUUCGGAGUAGCAAUGGCCUCGGGUGGUGAAGAUUCCAGCCAAAAUAGGCCAGAAAUUCAGGCUGAAGAAGAUGAGACAUCUGUCAUAAGAGACACAGAAGGAGUUUUUCGAAAUUUCAUGUUCCAAAGAUAUCAGGAUGAGACGGAGAGAGUUGAGGAAAGAGGCGAAAUGAACAGUCCAACAGCUAGCGCUCGUCCAGACGCGCUCGAGGAACUGCGUUCUUGUAAUGACACUCAUCCAUUUUCGCAGCAUGUUCCUGUUAUUGGAAGGCGGCUAGGAGAGAUAGGUGAUGAAAUAGAUGCUAAAUACAAAGACCAAUUCAAGGACAUGAUCGAUUCAUUAAGCCUUACACCAGCGACGGCCUAUGAAACUUUUGCCGCAGUGGCUCGAAGGCUGUUUCGAUCGGGCAUAAACUGGGGUAGAAUUGUUGCUCUACUUUGUUUCGCCUACGAGAUUGCUGUGACUGUCAUACGCAGAGGCUUCAGCGGUAGUUUUUUACGGAGAAUCAUUCGAUUUGUGGUGGAUUUUAUCUUCAACGAAAGAAUUGCUAGAUGGAUAGCACAGCAUGGAGGAUGGGUAAGUUAUACCCUCGGCAUAUCCUGUUUAAUCACAAGUAUUGAUAAUAAUAUUACAUCAGGCUCUUUCGUGAUGUCAAUAUUAAGAUUUCUCAUGAAUCUUGAGACUUCAAAUAAGUUGGCGAGAAAUUUAUUAAGCUUAUGUCUUAAUUUGACACAUGUAAACACGCGAUCCUGGGUUUAAAGUCUCGCAGAUGUACCAGCUGCCUCUAGAUGGUUUUCAGGUACUUCCAAUUUCAAGUAAAUGUAAUCCUUUAUUUGUGGUUGAAAAUUCUUUUUCAAGAUACAGAUUGCUACACUAGAUGGUAACCGAGGUUUUUCUCAAAUUUCUUGUUUUUUGGGCCAACAUCCUUGUAUGUUUUCAUUAAAAAUCGUAGAAGUGUAUUGUGUUACUCUGUACAAUUUGGUCUCUUCACAUUUCUUGUGUGCUAAUUUGUGGUGACAUUUUGUAAUGGCCUGCGAACAGGCUCCCCAUUGGGUGCAGCGCAGGUGUCAAAAAACUGGGAAAAAACCAUCAGCAAGUAAGUAGAGAGAGAGACAGAUGUGGAAAAAUGUCAAAUGAGCUUUUUCUGGUUAUAAGCAAAAUUAUUUUCGUUGUACAUAUAAUACCAGAAAUUGUUUUCAUUAAUGUAUCAGUCAAUUCCAGCUGUGCUAAUCCCCUCUGGACUACAGCGGGGCAUUUGCAUGCUAUGUUAGUCUCAGGGGUGGGGCAUUAGCAAAUUUUGCGUGGUCUGUUGGUCAGGCUUUGCCCACUCCAGCGCCACCCUGAGAUUUUGAAACACACACGAUUUCCUAUCCAAAUAUAACUAAACAUGGAGGAUUUUCCUGGAAACACAAGCCGACUGGCAAAUUGGCUCAUCUAUCAAGGAUGUGAAAAGGUUGUAGAGUUUUUUUAAGGCAUUUUUUCAUGAUUUUGUGCGUGCAUUUCUUCUCUGCUUAUCAAGCCAGAACUUACAUGGCAAAAUCAGGAGCUAUUGACAUGAAUUGACAUAUUUUUAUGGUUAUUAAAUCAAAUUUCUGUUGAUCUAGGAUGUGCAUAAAAUUUAGUGGUGAUGAUUGUGAUACUUCUAUGAUCGUGUAUGAUCUAUCUAAUAUUUGAACAACUUCCUUUCUUAUUGUUAAACUAUUCAGAGCAGAUACAUGUAGCUUCACAGCGCACUAAAUUUCAAUGUAAAUUUUUUUCACUUACGAACUAUUUAGAACAAGAUGAAUAACGAUAAUGGAAUAAGAAUCAUGAAGUGGUGUUAUCCUAGCAUGAAGUCUUAAUUAGAAUAAGGCUAUCAUGAAGGCAUACAUUCACUGAAACAAAAACUUGCACAUUAAAAUGCUGAAAGUGGUGCUAUUUGAUUGUGUGAUCAAUGAAUACUGCUGCAAAGUUGAUUGAGGGCAGGACAUUAAUUUUUUUGCACUCUUGUCCUUGCCAUCUAAGGCAAAAAAUUGCUUAUUCUUGAGGAGGGGGGUGAGGGGGGGAUGGGAACAUGGGUACAGCUGGAAUUUCCUGAUGCAUAACUGGGCAGUACACUAAGUCUUAAGGUGGCUCAACUGGAUUUUUUAGUGGGGAUACCUCCCAAGUUUGAGCAUUAACUACGUCGGCAUGAGUAAAGAUAUUAUGGGGAAAAGGUUACCACAACUGUAUUAUAUAAAGAUGAAAAUUUCUUAUGAUCUGGGUUUUAUUGCAAUCGGAGUCGCCAUGGCAACAUAAUGACACCAUUAGCGUUUUUAAUUUAUCUUUGUGUUUCUCUGUACCAGGAGGUUUUUUAAGAAAUCGCUAAAGUUUGAACAAAUUCUAUAACAGCGUUUUGGAAAUAUUUUGAAACAAAGUUUUAAGCAUCAUAAAAACAGUGAAAUAGCAUGCUAUCCACACAAUUAGCUUCUUCUGUUGUGUACAUAUGUAUCAAUCAACAUUCCUUCUUUCUGCCUCCUGGUAGUCUUGGUUUUGCUUUGAUUGACCCAGUCUAGAAUCCAAAUAUUUUUUUACACCUGGAUUUCUACUUCUGUCAGUGUCAUUGUAAAUGAAGUUACCUAUCUAAUGCAAGAGUUAUUUAAGAAAAUUAUGCUUGGACCUCGCUAUAACAGCCCUCUGUGGCCACUAUUUGUGGUCCCCAAUGACAGGAUUUGACUGAGUUAGGGAGCAAAGAAAGUCAGUUUUACAGCUUGCCAUUCAGGCAAGCUGCAGCUAGCAUGUAAAAGCCCAAGAGGCAUUUUGACUAGCCCAAAAAUUUUUUUUAAUGAGCAGGAUUGAUUACAGUUCUCCUAUACAUGUAAUUUGAAUUCCCCAAAAAACUUCAUGUGCCUGUUAGGCAAGUUAAGAACAGAAUUAACCACCAGAUAGCAAAAUCCACUUGUUCCAGGUGAUAAGACUGGCCUUUCUUACAAUAAUUGUAAGAGUACACUGUAGUAGUAAUAGUAGCGGUUUCACAGUGACAUUAAUCAAUUUGGAAAGUGACUGAAACAGUAAUAUAUUUUUUAUUCUUUUUAUAUUCUGUGUGUUACAUUGAUGCCCUGCUUAACAGUUUAUAAAGCUUCCUUGUAACUUAUAUAUGUAUUGAAGAAAACACUUGAUAUUAUCGGUUUUAAACCGUUUAAGGCUCAUCUCCCAUUUUUAUAAAAUCUUACUGUUUUCCUCCACAGAGAGGUGUGUUAGAUUUCCGGCUACAAGAGCCAAGCUGGUACACUGUUGGUCUUGUACUUUUACUAGGAGCCUUAGCCGUGUUCACUGCUACAAAGAAGACAGGAACAUAAAACAUACAAAGUACAUGUACAUAAAUUUUAUGAAUGAUUAAGAAUUGUUCUCUCAGAGUGACUUGUUCUGGAGAAUUAGUAGAAAAAAUGCUUUUUCUGUGAGUGUCAGCUGUAAGUGUAAUAAUUACACUUAUGCUAACUUAUUGUUCUAGUCUUGUAUGAUGUACAUUUGUCCUUUUGCUAAAGAGCUUAAAUUAAAGUCCUCUUGACUGGUAGUCUGCUUGCCAGGGAUUCAGAGGGGAGGGGAGGCGAGAAUUUAAGAGCUUGAGAACAAGCCUAUCUUACACACCCAAAUUCCUCUCUCCCUUUCUUCUUUUGUAACACCUGAAUUGCUUGCUACAGCAAUGUACUUAAUAUGUUGCUCAACUUUUUAGGCCUUAGUUAUGUAAUAACCAGCAUUGAAUUUCUACUGACAACAUGACUGCUUAAUUAAGCAUAAAUUAAUUGAAUGUUACCUCCUUUCAUUUCCCAGAUUUGGGACUUAAUCUAUUGAGCGCUUUAAUUUUUUGUUAUGGUGUGACAGUAAAAACCAGCAAUAGUGGCGUCUUUUUGGUGGACAAUUGGCAAGUUGAUAUUAAGGCUUUAAAAGGCUUUUAAAAGAAAAUGCACUAUUAAAGAUUAAUAGUGUUUUUGCAUUCUUUGGU